AAUGUAUUGAGUCCGAUGACUAACCUCGAAGGCAAGCGGAUUAUUUUUAGUUGACUGUUACUUUUCUGUCGGCGUGGUCGUUUAGUCCGUUGGUAAUUGACAUUGUGUUCAGUGUUUUCUGUUAAGUUUAUUAGUUACAUCGCGAAAAAGUGAAAAUGAACGUGGUUGCCGUUGGACCGAAACCUUCAACACUGGUCUGCCCCUCAUGCAGAGCUAGCGUGGUCACCAGAGUAGACCACAAGGCCACGACAAAAACCCACAUAAUAGCGUUGGUGCUGUGCCUAUUCCUAUGCUGGCCGUGCGUUUGCGUUCCUUACUGCAUGGACUCUUGCCAAAACGCCGAUCACUACUGCCCUAGUUGUAACGCCUACCUCGGAUCUUAUCAAGGAUAGCGGUUUUUAUACUAUUCGAACAUUGAAUAUCAUUUAGUUCUAAACAAUUUUUUCAAUAAAUGAAAUUAGAUCUAUUAAUAUCAUUGUGUAAUUACAAUAGGAGUUCCUUGAGGUUUUGUUUUCAUUAAAGUUAUCCAAGAAUGAAAAUGAUGCAUCAAUCAAUGAUCUGGCGCCAUAUAAAUAAACCGAAUUUAAAUAUAUUUACAAAGUCAAUUGAAAGGCUGGAAUAAGGAAACGGUCUUUUAAGUUCUUAAAGGGCAAUUAAAUACUUUUAUUAUUUAUUUCCGAUUUGCAAUAUCAAUAAUAGCACUUAUUUUUAUGACAAUAAUAUAAAUGUUGUCUCUAAUCGGGUUUAUCGUCAGAAUAUGAUUGAAUCAUCCAAAUAGAGUUAUUAUACUUACCACAGCGAUAACAUUUUACAAGUAUACAUUUAUGAUAAAGGUUUUUUUUACUUACCGUAAAAGCAAUAAAUGAAUCUGGUAAGAAAUAGCAUACCUGCUCAGUUUUCUAAUACAAAAAUAAAUAAAAAUGUAAUUAAUGAAUCUAUUGUGCGUUAUCUUAAUAGGUAUUCCUUCAUUGCUUCUGAUAAUAAACACAUUUGGAAGCGUUGAAGAUAGUAGACCUUUCCGUUCUCCUCCUCUUCCAAGUUCUAUAUUUUAUGUGUAUAAAAUACGUAUACGUUCCUUUCAUUACCUCUGAUUAAACUAUGAAAGUAAAUUAUAAAAUGUAAAAUAACUUUUUCCUUAUAACUAAUCAGCAACAGCUGAAUUAAGUCUUAAAGGUUAUUCUCAAUCAAUUAUAAUUUAAAAGAAAUAAGAUUUUUUUUUUCAUGUAAUUAUUUCGGCCGAUUUUAUUAUGUAAAUUCUAUAUUUGUUUAAUUUAUGAUAACGUCUUGAGUUUUGCAAAAUCUAAUAUUUUCUCCCAAAUUAAUGUAGACACUAAAUUGAUUAUUUGGAAUAUGUUAAAGCGCAGUUCAGCAUAGAAGUAUCGCUUAGGUUUUUUUUAAAUUACCAUGGUGAACAUUGUCAGCGCUAACCAAUGCAGCUUGGGUAUAAGCCACCUCUGUCAUGGAAGAGAGAUAUUAAACCCACCACACUACUCCAAUGGCUAGCGAAAAUUACAAGGUGCAAAUUCCGUCAUGUCUUAUUAAUUACAUGCCUUUUGCAAUAGUGGAAAACAUGGCAGUAGGCUUACUGCCAUCGCUAUAAGCAGUAUUAUUUUGAUAUUGUUCACGGUAUGAUUCAGAAUUAAAUUUUAAGGCUUUAAGAUUUCUGAUUUUGUGACAAUAUUAUUAUGUACCCUAUGCACUGCGUAAUACCGUGCGUUAUUUUUUAAAUUCCAUGCUCUAUUCUCUGAGAGCCAAGGCCCAACCUCAGCGUCAAAUCUGCGUCCUUAGUGGCGUUCGAGUUUGCGUCUAGCAUGUGACCAAUCAUAAGAAGCGUACGAUCGAGCAAGACUUGUGAUUGGCUGCACGCAGGUUGGACGCGGCAUUGUGGCCAUAGCUUAAGAGCUCUACCAUUAAUUGCAGCUAUUACCCCAUAAUGUAUAACAAAUAUUUUUGAUUUUGAAUUGUUAUUAUGUGAAACUAGCAACUUGAUGUAAAGCAUUUAUUUGUGGUAAACGUUACAUAGUGUGCUAGGAUAUCUAUUGUUAAGCAUUUAAUAUUAAAUCUUAUUAAAUAUUUA